UGUAAAAAGGAGCUUAGCGUCAUCGUAUGCGUUUUGGUUGCGCAGUACCGGUCGUUGAGGCGUGACGUAGCUACGUCAGCAAACGUGAUCGGAAGUCUCCCACAGUCAGCUGAGUAACAACAACGCCAACGUCUCCGAGCAAAGAUGGCCUACCCCAUGUCCCACAACCCAUUUGCAGAUGACGAUGAGGAGGAGGAUUACAAGCCUAAAAAAAGUGGGUUUGAUGAGGACGAUGUUGAUAGUGGGCUGAGCGAUGCAGAGAGGAGGCAGAGGUACCUCCAGCAGGAAGUGAUGCGUACGGCUCAGUCUGCUGUGGACAGCAGCUAUCGCUCCCUUGGCGUCAUCUACGACUCAGAGAAGAUGGGUAUGGAAACCGCAGAGGAGCUGAUGCGUCAGGGUGAGGCACUAAAGAGGACAGACAAGAUGCUGGACAACAUGGAUCAGGACCUGAAGACCAGCCAAAGGCACAUUACCAGUAUAAAGAGCGUGUGGGGCGGCCUUGUCAACUACUUCAGGGGCAAGCCAGAGACAAAGCUUCCGCCCGAGCAGCCGAGUCCGGCCUAUCAGGCCAACGAUAGAUUACAGAGUGCUUUGUCCAGCAGCAGGGAACAUGGAGAUAAGUACCAAGCCAGCCACCCUAACCUACGGAGGUUGGAGACAGGAGGAUUCGGAGCUAUGGCAACAGUAGACGACAGCUCGUCUAGACCGAAUGGACAUCCUCAGAACAAAUACCUUAAGGACGCUCACCAGACCUUGGACAAUAAUUUAGAUGAGAUGUGUGACGGACUCAGAAGACUGAAGAACAUUGGCCUUGGUCUCCAAUCUGAAAUUGAGGACCAGGACGACUCCAUUGAUUCUUUGCUAAAUAAGGUGGACAAAAUGGACGUAAAGAUCCACAACACAAACCAACAAAUUAAAAACCUUAAAUGAAACCAACAUUUGACCUCACCGUGAUGACACUAAGACAAGCAAACAUAGUCACACUUCUCUUUCUUGAUGGCCAUCAUCAAAUUAUCUCGUUCUUUGAUUAAGUUCUUUUUCUGUUACAUGUAACUGUCAGAUAAACAGGUUAAUGCUUUUUUUCUGUCCUCAAAAAAUUCUUGAACAUCCGGAAAAGUAAUUUCCCAUUUAUUCAUGGUUCAGAUGUUUCAGAUUGCCCAGGUCCUUCCAACAUACACAUGAGGACUACAGAUUUGUGUCUUACCUUCAUUUUGCACAUAUCUUGAAGAAGAAGCAUUUUUAAUGGUCACUGAAAAUUCAAGAACAUGGCAUUUGUAUGAAUUAGAAUGUGUUUCUGUGAGUGUCCCUAUAACUUGGAUUCCUUGACCUCCAGAGAAGUUUCAAAGUCAAGUAUAUGUCAAACUGCCUUUGCCUUACAUGUGAUAAGUUUAUUACUACAGAGGAGCAGCUAUCCAUCUCGUUCCAGGGCUUUGUGUUCACUUGUACAUUUCAUCGGGUACAAAUUCACUUAUUUUGUUCCUGUUCACAUUGUAAUGGGUCAAUGAAUGCAAAAUGUGAUUGAGUGAAUUAUACAGCGUACAUAAUGUGAUUCCUUAUAAGAGAUUAAAAAUGUUGAUGUACCAGGUUCUUUUAACGGGAUCAGGGAAACAAAUGUGAUUAGUGGUCACAGGGUUUCAUUUUUGUUGGGUAUUUUGUGUAUUCUACAGAAAACUACACCUGCAAAUUAAACAUUUAUGAGAAGA